GUGCUCAAACCUUCUCCGGUGUUUGGACACGUCGGCUGCGGAGUCGCCAGCGCUGGUCAGACAGCAGGAGGUCGGUUUGGACCUGCGUCCCUUCUUCUUGGCCGUUGAGCAGAGAGGCCCCGAGCCGGGAAAAGCAGGAUGGGGGCUGGAGCGAGCGCCGAGGAGAAGCGCUCCAGGGAGCUGGAGAAGAAGCUGAAGGAGGAUGCGGACAAGGACGCACGAACGGUCAAACUGCUGCUGCUGGGAGCCGGAGAAUCAGGCAAAAGUACAAUUGUCAAACAGAUGAAAAUUAUCCACAAAGACGGUUAUUCACUCGAGGAGUGCUUGGAAUUUAUUACAAUCAUCUACAGCAACACCCUGCAGUCAAUCAUGGCGAUCGUCAAGGCCAUGAACACGCUCAACAUUAACUACGGCCACCCGGAUCAGCAGGACGACGCCAGGAAGCUGGUGCAUCUCGCAGACACCAUCGAGGAAGGCACCAUGCCCAAAGAGCUGUCGGACAUCAUCCUGCGCCUGUGGAAGGACUCUGGCAUUCAGGCCUGCUUCGACCGGGCCUCAGAGUACCAGCUCAACGACUCCGCUGGAUACUACCUGAACGACCUGGAGCGGCUGAUCCAGCCGGGCUAUGUGCCCACUGAGCAGGACGUGCUGCGAUCCAGAGUGAAGACCACCGGCAUCAUUGAGACCCAGUUCUCCUUCAAAGACCUCAAUUUCAGGAUGUUUGACGUGGGAGGUCAGAGGUCGGAGAGGAAGAAGUGGAUCCACUGCUUCGAAGGUGUGACCUGCAUCAUCUUCAUUGCAGCUUUGAGCGCCUACGACAUGGUGCUGGUGGAGGACGAUGAAGUGAAUCGAAUGCACGAGAGCCUGCACUUGUUCAACAGCAUCUGCAACCACCGCUACUUUGCCACCACCUCCAUCGUCCUCUUCCUUAACAAGAAGGAUGUGUUCGUGGAGAAGAUCAAGAAAGCCCACCUCAGCAUGUGCUUCCCUGAGUACGAUGGACCCAAUACUUACGAGGAUGCUGGUAACUACAUCAAAGUCCAGUUCUUGGACCUGAACAUGCGCCGAGACAUCAAGGAAAUCUACUCCCACAUGACCUGUGCCACUGACACAGAAAACGUCAAGUUUGUGUUUGACGCCGUGACCGACAUCAUCAUCAAAGAAAACCUGAAGGACUGUGGUCUCUUCUGAGAGCCCAACACAGGAUGCUGCUGUUGCCCUGUCACUUUUCACAGACCCUCCUAAAUUCAAACUGGACCCACACUGGAGAACCGCACCCUGACACAAAUCUCUCCAAAGAGAUGACGAUAAAAGUAAAAACCAACUUCUGUCUGUAGAUAAAGACACCUGCGGGUUCUCAUCCCAUGCACUUGUGUGAAUAGACGUAAGGCAUCAUUUCCAUGCUCUAAAAACUGGGUGGCACUCAGCCCAAACACAAAGCAGCUGGCCACCACCUGCAGACGCACUUCAACCUCUAUUAGUAAGAACUGACUGAAACAUAGAGCAUGUUGAGACACAAGCAUCGAUUUCUUUAUGAAGGAAGUGGUAGAAGAUGUUAUUUCUAGUUGAAAGGGCCAUUGUAUAUACAGUAAUAGAUACUGGUGACGUAUAACACUAGCGACUAGUAGAUGUCCUACACUUCAUCUGGAUCCUUGUCUAAUGUUAAAUGAAGCUAUGAGCCUUUCAGCCAACUAUCGUGUACAAAAACUAAAUGUAUUAAAGCUUCUGUAGAAAACUGA